GCAUGCGCGCACCUCGUGUCUCUGCUGACACCAACAAUGACGAGGCCCACAGCGCCGGCCUGCAUCCGGUCCUCGAGAGGGGACCGACGCACGCACACAGCCCGCGUGUGAUGUAACCCAGAAGUACAUCAUGCUUGUGCGACGCUCCCUCGCCGGGCUUACAUGCUGGGUCCACAACAGGAGAUGCUUGGGCCCGUUUGACACUUAUCGAUUCGCAGUCACUAGGUACCAGGCGGCCGCCGGGGCUCCGACCUUCCAGCCCGCAUCUGUACCCUGUCCGCCGACCGCAAAGUGCACGAAUCGCGUCACAUCACAUCAAAGGACUAGGAACGCUAUGCAUCAGAGCUGUAGAGCCUGCCCUAUCUCCAUGGACCACACGUUUCUCCGAACGGCCCUACAGCGGCGCUGCCGCCACCGCAACGAAUGGCAGGGAGCAGCUCACAAGAAGCGCAUGAAGAACUCUCCAGAAGUCUUGGAAGUCACACCGGCUCCCCGCAGCCAACUCUGCAUCGAGGACCCAGCUUCAGCCCUACACGGUUUUGACCCUGACACUCGGUGUAUUGCUCUCUCGCUUCUCUCAGGGCCGCCCCUUCCGGCUGCUUCCAGCAAGUGGACGUCAUCGUAUCGUACGACGCGCAAUAUGGUCGCAGUGCUCGAGCAGAAACUGGACAGGACGGAGGACAGUUCCACCGCUUGAACCGCCGAGGUCUAGUCGGGAACGGGGGGCUGAGGGCUUAAGCGCUCGCUGCUUACGUGGCUACCAUCCUGGUUUCCUAUUUCCUAUCUCUCGGCGGCGGGGCAGGGAUAUGACCGACUGGUUGCUUACAUCCCUACUCCGGCAUUGAUGGAUUACGCACAUCUUGAACCACACACACAGAUGCGCCAUCCCACAAUCGACACUCGAGCACGUUCACAAACGGCGUUGG